GUUCCACAAAUUCCUCAACACGAAACCCCAAAAAAGCACUCGCUUUCAACCUACAUAUGUGGUAAACAAUCAAUUCCAGGGACGCAGGACAACAAACCAACAGCUUGUUUACAAAAAUUUCAUUCGCAGGACAACAAACCAAAAAUAAUGAAUGACAAAAAGGUGCAAAUAAACAAACGAGGAAAGGGUCGUGUAAGCCGGGAAGAGAUACAGGCAUGGAGCAAAGAGGAGCUUAUAUCUAAGGUAUUACAACUGGAUGCAUACAACUUUCAAAUUAGGAAUUUAUUACAAAAGAAGCUGGGUCAAAGUGAUGGCGAAUUCUACGAACAACUCGCCCAGUUGGAGUCCCAUGAAAGGUCAACAGCGGUUAGAGCGCCGGAACCUGUGCUGCAGCCCAACAAAGUACAACAAAAACGCCAAUUCGACUUUAAUAAGAGCUACAAACGACAUGUUCUGAUAAAAUUCCUCUAUUUCGGAUGGGAUUAUCACGGUUUGGCAGUACAGGAAGACUCAAAUGCUACAAUAGAGCACCAUCUAUUCCAAGCGCUAAUUCGCACCUGCCUUAUUCAGUCACGCGAAUCCGCAAAUUACCAUCGAUGUGGCAGAACAGAUAAAGAAGUGAGUGCAUUUUGCCAAGUAAUCUCCAUAGAUUUGCGUAGUAAAUUUCCACCAGAUGAGCAGUUGAAGACUGAAUCAUUAGCCAAUGAAAUUGAUUACUGUUCUCUCUUGAAUCGCGUAUUGCCGCGCAGUAUACAAGCGGUGGCAUGGAUGCCUCUGCGUAGCCCAGUGUAUAGCGCACGGUUUGACUGUUUCGAGCGUACAUAUCGUUAUUACUUUCCAAUAGGUGAUUUAAAUAUAGAAGCGAUGCAGAAGGGAUGUGAACUGUUAGCAAGGCAUACAGACUUUCGAAAUUUCUGCAAAAUGGAUGUUAAUAAUGGCGUGACAAAUUACAUAAGGCAAAUAUUUAAAGCUAGUGUACGGAGGUGUGAGGUAGAACAGAAUAAUAAGAAUGCUGAAGACGGUUAUGCGAUGUAUAUGUUAGAGAUAAGAGCUAAUGCCUUCCUCUGGCAUCAAAUACGCUGCAUUAUGGCGGUAUUGCUGCUCAUUGGAGAAGGCAAGGAGCAGCCCGAGGUUAUAGAUGAAUUACUGGACGUACAGAAAAAUCCAUGUAAACCACAGUAUACGCCUGCAAUUGGCUUGCCCUUAAACCUUUUCCAUUGCGAAUAUCGUAAGCAUACAAUACAGCCCGCUGAUAAUACAUCACGUGAUGCAUGUGCAGAGGAUGAGGCCGAGCACACUACUGCUUGGAUAUAUGGUGAUGAGCAUCUGCAAAAACUUAUUGAAACUGUACAGGGCGAAUGGACGCAGUACAACAUUAAAAGUACUAUGAUACGAGACUUACUACACCAAUUAGAGCAAAUACGCCAAAAAGAUCAUAAGUGCGCAGAGCCAGUGAAUGCUCAGGCUUGGUUACUGCAAGAUGGUGUGCGUCCGCGUCAAUAUCAGCAGCUUUUGAACCGUAAACGGUGUGCUUUUAAACGAACAAAGAAAAUAUCUUCAAUAUUUUAUAUGACAGAGAGCUUGGAAAAUCGCAUUGAACAUUUUAUCAAAAAGCAACGUUUAAUUGUCGCCGAUGAGCCUGCAGCGAAGUUAGACACAAUUUCUGCAGCGGUUAACAAGUGAUAAUUUAAAUUACGUUUAAUACAAACAAAUGUUGAAACAAAACGAAAGUUUAAAGAAGAGUUUUAUUUAAAACAAUAAAAACAGUUCCCCGCGCAUUAGUUUUGAAGCUUUAACUAAACCGCAAAAAACCUUCGCGUUUUAAAGAAAUCAAUAAAUAUUUUCUCUAUAAUUUUAAAUCUUUUAAAAAGCAGAUUCAAUAGUAAAUAGAUAACGUUAAAUGAAAGUAUUCUCAUUUUUGCUUUUAUAAACGCUCAUCUCAUGAAAUGUUGAUUACAUACUCGUAUGUACCAAAUCGAACGCUUAAAAAAAUUAUGCCAAUAAAUAGCUCAGCUCUAUAUAAAUCAAAAUCAAUGCUAAAAGAAUUAUCUUAUCUUAUAUUAUUUAAGGCAUUUCCCGAUUAGUUGAUAUUCUAUACGGCACGCCAUCUGUGCUGCAAAGAGAUUACCGAACCAUUAACAUUUUAUAUG